CCGUCAACCACCAGGACAACCUCAACCCGCCUCCCCUCCCCCCACCAGCAGGACAGCCAGCUCCCCGUCGCUCGUCUGCAAUAAUGGCUGCCAUCAACAAGAUCGCCCUGAACUCGCCGUCGCGGCAGAACCCCUCCGAGCUGGAGACCGCGAUCGCCGGCGCUCUCUAUGACCUCGAGAACAACACAACCGAUCUGAAGGCCACCCUCAGGCCUUUGCAGUUUGUGUCUGCCCGUGAGGUUGAGGUUGGCCAGGGCAAGAAGGCCGUCAUCGUCUUCGUCCCCGUCCCUCUGCUCCAGGCCUUCCACAAGAUCCAGCAGCGCCUGACCCGUGAGCUCGAGAAGAAGUUCUCCGACCGCCACGUCCUCUUCGUCGCUCAGCGCCGCAUCCUGUCGCGCCCCAAGCGCUCCGUCAACUCGCGCACCAACCAGAAGCAGAAGCGCCCCCGCUCGCGCACUCUGACCGCCGUGCACGACAACAUCCUGACCGACCUCGUCUACCCCGUCGAGAUCGUCGGCAAGCGCGUCCGCACCAAGGAGGACGGCAGCAAGACCCUCAAGGUUAUCCUGGACGAGAAGGAGCGCGGCGGCGUUGACCACCGCCUGGACGCCUACGGCGAGGUCUACCGCCGACUCACCGGCCGCAACGUUGUCUUCGAGUUCCCCCAGAGCAGCUCCGAGUACUAGAUGGAUCUUUUUUUU